AUGUCCCACUCACCUCCUCCUUCCUAUGAUGUUGCGGCUUCCUCUCCAACUUCUCAAUCCAAUCGACUUUCGACUACUUUGACGCCUCAAGACAUUCAACCAACGAUCAGUGGUAUGCCUUCCAUAACUCCUUUGGGUCUAUCUCCAUCUUAUGCUCCAGCAAUCAUGACAGGAGUGCCAAAUGUCAUUGAAAUGGCUGCCAUGACUUUGGGACAAACAUGUUCCACUCCUGGUUCUGUCUCUUCGAAUCGAAAUUCAAUGGUCGUGCCUCCUCCUUUGGUGCCAUCGACACUUUCGACAACUUCGACGCCUUCUUCGAAUCGAAAUUCUGUCGUCAUCCCUCCUCCAUCGACAUCUGUAGUAGUGACACCCUCAUCGAAUCGAAAUUCUGUUGUCAUUCCAACAUCAUCGUCACCUCCUUCGAAUAAUAGACAUUCAUGGCAAAUUGCUGGAGAUGCAUUGGAACCUUUGAGAGCUCAUUCACCACGAGAGGAUGUCAGAAGUCAUUUAUCUUCGAAUAGAAAUUCAGUGGCAUUGCCAACACCUCCAAUCGAAGAAAAAGUGAAACCACCAUCCUAUUCUCAAUCGCAUUUCGAUGACACCUCUGCAACUGCUACAAAAAAUAUUUAUCAAGCUGCUACAGGUUCGACCACAAAUUCAGAUCGACAACAGCCCAUUAUUUCGAAUAGUGACCUUAAAACAGACUUUUCACCUCCACCUGCUGUGACACCCAUUCCAAAUUUUCAUUUUGUGAAUUCUCCAGCAAUGAAUAAUAAUCAAAACACACUUCCUGAACAAAUUCCUGACAAGCUGGCAAAUUCUACCUCUCCCAGAAAAAUUCAAGACAAAUCAACGUUAUCAAAAACCAUUUGGGGUUGCUGUGGACUUUUCUGCAUUUCUCCAAUGCUUUGCUUAUUGUGUUGUUUUUCAGUUAUUGAAUUAAUUGCCAUUAUUGUGUUUCAGUAUAUUUCAACACACAAUUUAGAUCCAACCUCCACUUCAGAAGAUUCAUCCAUAUUUUCAAUGGUUCUCGUCGCACAAAUUGCCACAUUUGCUGCUGUGAUUUUGUGUUGUGUGGCUUCGUCAUUGAUGGCAACUUCUGCCAUGUGUGACAAUUCCUUGUCGAGAGUGGAAACUAAGAAUCGAUUUGUGAUUGCCAUGAUCACUGUCAUCAUUGGAAUUAUAUUCAUCAUGUUGUUAAUGCUGAGAGGUGGACUUGAAGGUUAUACUACCAAAGUUUUGAUUGAAAGAAUUCAGCCUGGAUUCACAAAUUACAUGAGUGCGCUGACGACUCAAUUCAAUUUUAUUCCUUCAGCGUUGGUUGUGCUCAUGUUUGCAUUGUGUGUGUUGACAGUCGCCGUUUGUGGACUAGUGGGAUUUUGUUGUGUGUGUUGGUUCUGUUGCUGUUCGACCAAUUUAUUUAUCAAGCAAUUAAGGCAAGAUAAGAAACAAAAGAUGGAGACUCCUUAA